CAUGCGGGGCUGCCGCGGCCGGGCGCCCUCCUCCGCGCUGGUCUCCGCUGGCCUCCGCUGGCCUCCGCUGGCACGGUCGCCAGGACGUCCCGCCCGAGCCCCGGAGCCCCGGCCGAGCGCUCCCCGGUUCCAGAUCUGCCCCGGCAGUCGCCACAGAACCUGGCCCAGUGAAUGGGUAGGGGACACGGGGUGUGCAGAAGGCAGGCAGUGUAGAACAUGCCUCCGCCACCCCAAUCUUCUGCCGCUGCCCAAGGCCACGCUCACCUGUGCUCAUGGCCCACACGGGCCCAUCACUCCCUGGCGUGUUCGACGUUCUAGGCACGGCAGGCCAGGACAAGCUCUUGCAUCUGAAGCACAAACUGAAGACCCUGCGUACCGGCUGCCAGGGGGCCAGCCUCCUACACGCCAUGGUGCUCCUGACCCUGGGCCAGGACACGGAGGCCAGGAUCUCUCUGGAGGCGCUGAAGGCAGACGCGGUGGCCCGGCUGGUGGCCCGCCAGUGGGCCGGCGUGGACAGCGUGGACAGCACUGAGGCCCCCGAGGAGCCUCCUGACGUGUCCUGGGCCGUCGCCCGCCUGUACCACCUGCUGGCCGAGGAGAAGCUGUGCCCAGCCUCGCUGCGGGACUUGGCCUACCAAGCAGCCCUCCGUGACCUUGGCUCCAGGGAUGACUGCCGGCUGCGGGAGCUCCAGGUGGAGGCCCAGGACCGGUGUGGGUGGGAUGUUGUCAGGGACCCGAGGAGCUUCCAGACCCUCCACUCCGACCUGGGCUGCCUUCCAGCGUCCUCCACUCCACCCUCUGGGACCCGCAGCCUUCCUCGCCCCAUCGACGACCUGUCAGGCUGGAGCCGAGGGUGCUCCCUGAGAUCCACCAGCCCAGCUUCACUGGCCAGCAACUUGGAAAUCAGCCAGUCACCCACCGUGCCCCUCCUCAGCCUGCACCGCAGCCCCCGCGGGCCCAGCAAGCUCUGUGACGGCCCUCGGGCCAGCCCGGUGCCCGAGCCUGUCCCUAGUGGCUGCCAGGAGCCUGAGGAGAUGAGCUGGCCCCCGUCGGGGGAGAUUGCUGGCUCCCCAGAGCUUCCAGAGGCAGCCCCAGAUCCAGCCCCCGCUGGCCUCCCUGGCACCCCUAAGGUUCCGGAAGCCAGCACGCACUACCCGGCGGAGUGCACUGAGGUGCCUGCAGCCCCUGGGCCUGUCUCCCCGCCCAGCCCGGAGCCUGCCGGAAAGCCCCGCCCCGUCAAAGACCAGAUGCCGCUCCAGCUUUCUCAGGAAGACACCCUGCGCCCGGGUAUCAAGCCAUGGCCACCUGCUCCCUCCGUCCCCGAAACGCCGCUCCCCUCUCCUCCUCCUCCACCGUCCCCUUGUUCGACCUACCUGGCCUCCUCGUCCCCAGGGGCUUCGUCCCCCGAGGUGUCAUCGGAGCAGAAGUUCUAUAACUUUGUGGUCCUCCACGCCAAGGCAGACGAACAUGUCGCCCUGCGGGUCAGGGAGAAGCUGGAGGCCCUUGGCGUGUCCGACGGGGCCACCUUCUGCGAGGACUUCCAGGUGCCCGGGCGUGGGGAGCUGCGCUGCCUGCAGGACGCCAUAGACCACUCGGCCUUCGUCAUCCUACUGCUCACCCCCAGCUUUGACUGUCGCCUGAGCCUGCACCAGGUGUGCCAAGCCCUGAUGAGCAGCUUCACGCGACACGGGUGGCAGGACUGCGUGGUCCCCUUCCUGCCCCUGGAGAGCUCCCCGGCCCAGCUCCGCUCGGACACGGCCAGCCUGCUCGCCGGCCUGGUGUGGCUGGAGGAGCACUCCCCGGUCUUCGCCAGGAAGGUAGCCAACACCUUCAAGCUCCAGAAGCUUCGGCUCCGCAAGGCCAACUGGAAGAAGGAACAGGACGCCCGGGCGCUGCGGGAGCAGAGCCAACACCUGGAGGGUGAGCGGGUGCAGGCCGCGGCCCUGAACACCGCGUAUUCCACCUACCUCCAGAGCUACUUGGCCUGGCAGGCGCAGAUGGAGCAGCUCCAGGUGGCUUUUGGGAGCCACAUGUCAUUGGGGACUGGGAUGCCCUUUAGGGCUCCGGGACCCUUUGCCGGGGGGCAGGUGCCCCAGGGAGCCCCACCACCCUUCCCCACCUGGCUGGGCUGCCCGCAGCCACCGCCCCGGCUGCACCCGUGGCAGGCGGGCACCCCGCCAGUGGCCUUCCCGCAGCCACCUUCACCGGCCUUCCCCACAGCGUCCCCUCCGCCCCCUCCGAGCCCGGGACUGCAGCCCCUCAUCAUCCACCACGCUCAGAUGGUGCAACUGGGACUCAACAACCACAUGUGGAACCAGCGAGGGGCCCAGACGCCUGAGGACAAGACGCAGGAGGCCGAGUGACCUGCGUCCAGGUCAGGGGAACAUACUUGGGCCUGGUGCGGGCUUUGGGCAGGAACUUGGGGACCCCCCUCCCCACCCUGGGGGACAGCGGAAGGCCGGGUCACCUGCUGAGCUCAGGACACUGCCCCGGGGCCCUUCAUUUCUCAGGAAACAGAGCAAAAUGGGCUUUGAGGACUUUCUGGCCUUCUGGGUGGCCGAAAGGGGAUACUGUUUACAUUUUCAGUCGGUCUCUGGGUGGGGGGCUCUUGGUGGUGGGGGAUGUUUGUAGGGUCUUUUAAUUCUAAUAAAUAUUUAUUGAACGCU